UGGACAUUCCUGUGCAUGCAUAGCCUGUGGACAUUGCCUGAGGAGCAGCUCCCUGCACUGGCCAUUGUGUCCUAGCUGUGGCACUGCCAGCCUAGUGCCCACUGCAGCCAGCUGCUGGACCAGACCUGCAUCACACUUCUUCUUCUUCCACCAUGUCUUCAGCAGUCAUGUCAGCCAAGCAGACAGAGUCACUGGGAACCUGCUCCACUUACCAGGCUGUCAUGCCACAUUACACUGGUGCCAUAGAGGAAUACCCACAGCCCAUUCAGCCCAGACCCCAGAGAGGCAAGGGGAAGCUGAAGAGACCCAGGCAGAGCAGGUUCAAGACUCAGCCUGUCACCUUUGAUGAGAUCCAGGAGGUGGAAGAAGAAGGGUUGUCUCCUACUGAAGAGGAGAAAGCCAGGAAAUCCUUCCUACAGUCCCUGGAGAGUCUCAAGAGAAGCUCCCACAACCUGCACCACCAGAUGGAGAAGUUCAGCAGCUCCAAGCUGAGGCACAGCCUGGACUCCAGUGACUCUGACUCCACACAGUGACUAGACCAGGUCCUCAGUGUCCCCCCUCUACCCAAAGGACAAGCAAAUGGUUAAUAAUGUAUUGCCCUUGCAGGGCUGCCCCCCCAGCUUUCUGAAGAAAACUCUGCAUCUCGGUGCUCUUCUGCUGGGGACCACUAGAGGGCGCUUCAGGUAGGAGUCACCUGGCUCCAUAGACUGACACUGGCAUGUACUGAUAUCCUGUAUAUUAGAAUGGCAAGUGAACUAGGACUGCACAGCUCUUUGGCACUCGAGGAGUUAACCAGAGGUUUUGGUGGGCUGUUGUAUCCCAUGUCAGAUGAGUAUGGAAGGGUUAACUGUCCAGUUUGGAUCAGCUGCUGAGAGGGGAAAAACAAAAUUUGGCAAUGGACCUGGUCUGUGAUCCUACCGCCUGGGCAGAUUUGCACUCCAGCUCUUUCCAAGAAGGGGUUAAAUGUAUAUUUGAUGGGAGGAGCUCUGGAUACUAUUUAUUUUUGCACUUUUCACUUGUUACAUUUCUAUUUGUAUAAAGUUCUAUAUUUACAUCUAUUUUAAUAAACACAAUUGC